AUGUCCACCAAACUCUCAGAAGCGUACUCUGCCGCUGCUGAUGGCAAAACCCUUGAGCUCUCCCCUUCGAAGAACACCGACAACGAAGUGGGUAUCUCUUCCGAAGUUGAUGAUCCUAGCUACGAUUCUGUGCAAAAGAGUCUUGUCCGCAAGCUAGACAUGACCCUGAUGCCGAUGGUUUUCAUCCUCUAUUUGUUCAACUACUUGGACAGGAACAAUAUUGCUCAGGCAAAGUUGGACUCUCUGGAGAAGGAUCUCGGGUUGAGUGGCAACGAUUACAGUAGUGCUUUGGCAAUCCUAAACGUUGGAUACAUGCUCAUGCAGAUUCCAAGCAACAUGAUCCUCACCCGCGUUCGACCUUCGAUUUAUAUCCCAUCAUGGGUGUGCCUAUGGUCUGUUGUAUCUGCUGCCACCGCUGCCUGUAAUUCAUUCACGCACCUGAUCGUCAUUCGCUUUUUCCUCGGUAUAUGUGAGGCGCCUUUCUUCCCAGGCGUUUUCUUCCUCCUGUCCUGCUGGUAUACCAAGAAAGAGUUGGCACUCCGCUAUGCAGUUCUGUAUUCUGGCCUUGUGCUUGCAACUGCAGUGUCUGGCCUAUUGGCUGCGGGUAUCUUUGCAGGCUUGGGAGGUGUGGCUGGACUUCAGGGAUGGCGAUGGCUGUUCAUCCUCGAAGGUGCUGUUACAUUUCUGCUGGGUCUAGUCGCGUUUGUGAUGCUUCCUGAUUUCCCUGCCACGAAGAGUCAGAGCUGGCUGUUUACCGCGGAGGAGAAAGAAGUAGCUGUCACUCGCAUGGCCAGAGAUGCUGUGUCUGAGGAGGAACAUGACCAGUCUGUGAUGCAUGGCUUAAGACUUGCCGUUACCGAUAUCAAAGUCUGGGCUUUUGCUCUUUUGCUCCUUUCUAACCAGUCAGCCUACGGUUUCAACUACUUUUACCCUGCCAUCGUCCGAGGCUUCAAUCUGGGCAGUCGAACAAUCACUCUUGUCUGUACUGCACCACCAUAUCUUCUCGGCUCUUUCAUCUCAUACUUCAUCGCUUGGCACAGUGACCGCAAAGCAGAGAGAGGGUGGCACAUAAGCGUUGCGAUCCUUUUCGCAAUUGUCGGUUUUAUCAUCAGUGCUGCUACAGUCAAUAUCCCCGCUCGUUACGCUGCAUCGUUCCUGUACAUCUGCGGUUGCUUUGGAGCAAAUGCGGCUUUAUACAGCUGGGCUGCGUCUUCAGUUGGUCAGACACCGACGAAGAAGGCUUGUGCAACGGCUAUCAUCAACGUCACCGGUCAGCUUGGAACCAUCUGGAGCCCUUACUUCUUCGACUCGAAUGAUGAGCCAAGAUAUACUAGGGCGAUGAUUCUUCUUUUGGCGUUUGCUGUAUUAGAAAUCUGUGUUUGUUUCUUGUUGAAGUUUAUUCUUCGCAGGGCCAAUAAGAAGAUUAUUGCUGAACAUGAAGGAACCGGAAGAGUCCCGACACUGUUCACUCUUUAA